CAACAAUGACGCGCUUGCGCUGGCCUUUCUCCCGCCUAAUUUUGAGGCAUUCUCUGCGUCAGAUGAACACCGAAAUGUCUAAAAGAGGAGCACUGAUCGUGUUUGAAGGUUGUGAUCGCUGUGGGAAGACCACACAGUGUAAAAAGCUUGUCGAGGUUUUGGAAAAUGAGAAGGAAGACGUUCAGUUCCUACGAUUCCCAGAUCGAACCACUGUGAUUGGGAAGAUGAUCAAUGCAUAUUUAAAUGGCAGCUCAGAACUGGAUGAUCAUGUGAUUCACCUACUGUUUUCAGCCAAUCGGUGGGAGGCUGCCAAAAAUAUGAAGAAGCUAUUGCAAGGGGGGACAACCCUGAUAGUUGAUCGCUAUGCUUAUUCGGGCGUGGCCUUCACAGCUGCUAAGGCUGGUUUUGAGGUGGACUGGUGUAAGCAGCCUGACGUAGGCCUUCCUAAACCUGACCUGGUGAUUUACCUGACACUUAACCAGCAGGAGGCGGCUCGCAGAGGAGGCUUCGGCACUGAGAGGUAUGAGCAGGCAGAAUUCCAGAAGAAAGUGGCUGAAAACUUUGAAACCAUUCGGGAAAAAGACUGGAAGGUUAUAGAUGCUGACAAGAGUAUAGAGGAUCUCCAUGCAGAAAUAAAAAGCUUGGUGAAGAAAACCAUGAAUGACGUUCACUGGGAAGAGAUCAGAACUUUGUGGACAUGAUAAAAAUACUGACUUUUUGUUGUUGAAACAAUGUUUUUAAAGACCAUGAACAAAGCAUUAUUAAGCACGUAAAAACGAUAUGGUAUCUGGAGAGAUACAAAUUUCAGUGUGCAAUUUAUCUGUUUACUUCUUUUUCACUUUUGUCCUAAUAAUAUUACAGAAAUAAGGUAUUUGAGUUAGUUACAACUUGAUAUACCAAUUUAUGUAAUAAAAAUGUGACAAGACAAGAUUGAAAAAUGUGAUAAGACAAGAUUAGAUUACUAUGUAUUAUGAAAGUUAUACAUAAUUUACUUUUUUUGUUCCUGUUUUUGUGAGGCAUAGUCUUGAUUUUUCACUUGUGCAUAAAACACAAUCUUUUUCUAUAAAAAGACAAGAAAUUUCAAAUACAGAAUACAUUCUUGAAUGAAUGAGUGUAUAUUUAUUUAUUUAUUUGAUUGGUGUUUUACGCCGUACUAAAGAAUAUUUCACUUAUACGACAGCAACCAACAUCAUGGUGGGGGGAAACUGGGCAGAGCGCGGGGAAAACCCAGGACCAUCCACAGGUUGCUGAAGGACCUUCCCACAUGCGGCCGGGGAGGAAGCCAGCAUGAGCUGGACUUGAACUCACAGCUGCUGCAUUGGUGAGAAGCUCCUGGGUCAUUACGCUGCUAACCAACUGAGUCACAGAGGCCCCAAUGAGUGUAUAGAAUGAGCAGUGAAAACAGGCCUUAAAAGUGUUAAAACCAUGGCAUGGUUUUUAAUUUGGAUUUUUUUUGUGGCCAUGGGUUGAACCACAAUGUUGUCAUCACUGCUAGACCAUACUCUUCGAUCUGCAUGACAACUGAUUAAAAAAAGGCUUUUUUAAGUGAAAAAGGAUAAAAAAGGAAUCUUGUGAUGUCACCUUAGAAUGGGGUGCAUUUAAAUCUCUACAUGUAACACAUACAUUUUAGCCACGUUAAUUCUUUUAAACAUCAUGAAAAUCACCUUCAUGUAUUGUCACAAAGCAUUUUGGAUGCCACAUUUGACUCCAUCAGGCCAAACCUAGCUUAAUUGUUGUUUAAUGGGCAGAAUACUAAAACCUUUUUUUCAGUGUUGGAAGAGGGUAUAAAAAUAAAUACUUGAAAAUCAUCUGAUUGGUGGAAAAUGUGGAUUGUCCUGGCAAUUUUCCUGUUAGAGACAUGUAUGUGGUUGGAAAGCCUUGAAGAACAGGAAAAUCACCAAAAAAUGGGGAUCAGAAAAAAAAUGGAAAGGUAGAAUUUCAGUUUUAUAUGUAUAUUCUGUUUUUGUUUUUUUUGGCAUUGGCUCCCCAGAAAACACAAAUUAUAAUUGGUGUCACCCUACGUAGAGAUUACAGCAUUCCAGUAGAAUAUGUUCACUAUAUACACAAACUGUUUGUAUUCGAUUUAUUUGAUUGGUGUUUUACGCCGUACUCAACAAUAUUUCACUUAUACGACGGCGGCCAGCAUUAUGAUGGGAGGAAACUGGGCAGAGACAGAGGGGAAACUCACGACCAUCCGCAGGUUGCUGCCAGACCUUCCUGCGUACGACCGGAGAGGAAAUCAGCAUGAGCUGGACUUGAACUCAUAGUGACUGCAUUGGUGAGAGGCUCCUGGGUCAUUAUAAUGCGCUAACACGCUAACCAACAGAGCCGCAGAGGCCCUGCUUGUAUUUGAAUAGGUUUUGUACAUAGUAUAUGUAUAUGCUAAUAAGUGUAUGAUAGGAGAUUUGUGGUGUAUUUAUAGCUCAUACGUGUAAUUAUUCUCUGUCAUUCCAAAGUCUUCGGAUAAAAAAUCACGAUGGAAACUUCAUUGUGAUCAAUUGUAAUGAUUAGAAAUUGUAAUGAUUGUAAUUCAAGUCUUUGGAUAAAAAAUCAUGAAGGAAACUUCAUUGUGAUCAAUUGUAAUGAUUAGAAAUUGUA